GUCCAAAUAGCUGUUAUUUUGUAAAUAGUGGGAUUAACACUUUUUCCCCGUAUUCCAGUAUUCUGCUAGCGUUCAGUGUUACCAAUUUUAUUUUCGAAAACCCCCCUCACAAAAAAAAAAGAAAAGUAAUUUCAAUCAGAAUUGCAAAUCCGUUAAAAUGACAUCGCUCGAGUAAAUAAAUAAUCAACUACGCGUGAGAUGUUGUCAGAGAUAUUCUUGGUAAUAGAGAGUUGAGCAUUAUCUCCCCCUCUUGUUGCUACGUUUCUGGCCAAUAGCAAGAACCAACAACUAUAAUAAUGUAAGACACGAGGGUCAGGAGACAAAGGUCAAUCUUUGAGUAAAAACGCAACCUAGAACUAGUUAGGUUUCCACAUACACACACACACACACACACAACAAUACAUUUUUACACACACACUCACACACACACACAAGUCUAGCAUCAUGAUGAGCUGGCUGCUGGGCUUCCUUGCCCUGAUGUGGGCGCCCAGUGAAUUGUUGGCCAUACCAACGCCACUCAAGUUGCCUGGUUACACCCACAAACUGACGCCUUAUAUCAAGCACUGGGAAGCGGCGAAUUUCGAUCGCGCCAUUCUUCAGACAGCGCAGCUUAGGCACUUGGAACAGGCCCGCUCUCGUCGAAAACGUCAAGCAGAGCCCACCAUUUCGUCGUCCUCCUCAUCAAGUAGACUGGCGCAUACAAUCCGAUUGAAUUUCUCCGCACAUGACAGAGAUUUUCGAUUGGUAUUACAUCAACAGCCACAUUCGGUGUUCGCCCACGACGUGGAAAUUGAGAACACACUGGGACCCAUCGAUUACGAUGUCUCACGCAUUUACACUGGCGGCCUGGAGGACGAUGAGGCUGCCCAUGUGCAGGCCAUUCUAACCAGUGAUAAUCUGCUAGAUGGCACAAUUGAAACGCAAGCGGAGCACUAUUAUAUAGAGCCCGCACAGCGUUAUUCCCAACAGCUGGCCGAGAGUGGAGUGCACAGUAUAGUCUAUAAGUUAAGUGAUGUAAAUAUGCAGAAGGAGGGAGGAUUAACAGUAGGAGGCGGCGGCAUUAGGUCAGAGACGAAGCCGCAUUGUGCCAGUGAGAAAUUAAGAAAAAAGCGUUGGCUACCAGAAGAGCUGGCCAUGUCAGAUAGUCCAGCUCAGGCUCCAACAUACAAUCGGAAUCCACCAUUACCACUGGAUUUGGAAGUGCCCUAUAAUGAUGAUUUCCGAGUGCUAGCCUCGGAAGAGGAUGAUCGGGAGGAAGAUUCUAAAAAGAAGCAUACAACAUCAACGACCAGAAGUACAGGGCGUAGUACAGAAUCGUUUCUGGCUACACUGACCACCAAAGCCGCAUCGAAUCGCAAUAUACUUGUAAAUAACUAUAAUCCCUCCAACCUGGGCGAUGGCAGUCGCAGCUAUAAUGGCAAUAGCAACAUCAACACCAAUUCCAACUCGAACAAUAAUAAUGUGCGCAAAUUGUAUACCAAACACAAGAAUAUCAUUGUUAGCACUUAUAAUCGUCCCAUUGAGCCGGAGUUUGGUACACCAUACGAGGAGCCCAACUCAAAUCAAAAUGGCUCUCUGCCAACCAAUUUCUUUAAUGCCAAUUGGACUACACUUUUCCUGGGCAAUGGCAAUGGUAAUGGUGGCAACGAUCGUCCCAGUCAUAAGACUCAUGUCGAGAUUAUUACCAAAAACGGGGCAACCAAGAAGCCCAAUAUUAUUGUGAAUAACUACAAUCCAGAGAUUAUUUUCGCCCCAAAUCCAAAUCCUAGUUUCAACAGCAUGUUGAUGACCAAUUUACUGAGCGGACGUGGCGAGGAUAUACAUAGUUCACCGCGUUUGCUUUAUGAUCGCAAAACCACAUGCAUGUUGUAUCUGCAGGCAGAUCAUACAUUCUUUCAAAAAAUGGGCUCCGAUGAGGCCUCAAUUGAGGCCAUAACCCGGCAUGUCCAGCGAGCCAAUUCAAUUUAUAGAAAUACUGAUUUCAAUAAUGAUGGCAAACCAGAUAAUAUAACAUUUAUGAUUAAACGAAUUAAGGUUCACAAUAUGAAUGCUUUAAAAGAUCCCAGUUAUCGUUUUCCCGGAAAUUAUGGCGUAGAAAAGUUUCUUGAAUUGUUUUCAGAGGAGGACUAUGAUGCAUUUUGUUUGGCCUAUAUGUUUACAUAUCGUGACUUUGAGAUGGGUACACUUGGCUUGGCCUGGACGGGGGACCUGAAAAAUGCCGGCGGUGUGUGCGAGAAGAACGGACAUUAUCGUGGUUCUUUAAAAUCUUUAAACACAGGCAUUGUCACUUUAUUAAAUUAUGGUAAACAUGUGCCACCAGCUGUCUCUCAUGUGACAUUGGCCCAUGAAAUCGGCCACAAUUUUGGAUCACCGCAUGAUCCUGAGCAAUGUACUCCUGGUGGAGAGGAUGGCAAUUUCAUUAUGUUUGCUCGAGCCACUUCGGGUGACAAGAAGAAUAACAACAGAUUUAGUUCGUGCUCUUUAAAAUCAAUUGAACCUGUACUAAAUGCCAAAGCUCGCUCCAUGAAGGGUUGUUUUACGGAGCCACAGUCUUCCAUAUGUGGUAAUGGUGUUGUGGAGCCAGGAGAGCAGUGUGAUUGCGGUUGGGAAGAGGAUUGUAAAGAUUCGUGUUGUUUCCCUAUGUCGCGACAACCGCGUAUAGAUGAAACACCUUGCACCUUGACGCCUCAUGCCCGUUGCAGUCCCUCGCAAGGACCAUGUUGCACCACCGAUUGCAAACUCAAGUUUGGUGACAAAUGCCGCGAUGACAAUGGUUGUCGGGAUCCUUCGUUCUGUGAUGGCCGAGUGCCGCAGUGUCCGCCGUCGGUUAAUAAACCGAAUAAGACCAUAUGCAACAAGGAGUUUGUUUGCUAUAUGGGCGAUUGCACUGGCAGCAUUUGUCUGGCCUAUGGCCUGGAGUCGUGUCAAUGUAUACCAGGACCUCAAGAUGAUCGCAUCAAAUCAUGCGAACUAUGUUGCAAACUGGCUGGAGAUAAUCCCUGUCGGAGUUCUUUUGAAUGGAAUGAGGCUCCAUUUGAUGUACCCGAUAUGUAUUCAAAACCGGGUACACCCUGUAAUGAUUACAAUGGCUACUGUGAUGUAUUUCAAAAGUGCCGCGAAGUAGAUCCCUCUGGACCUUUGGCCACGCUAAGAAAGCUGCUACUCUCCGAGGAGAGUAUAGCUAGUUUUAAGAAAUGGAUGCAGCAGAAUUGGUAUACCGUUGCCCUGGCGGCCAUUGGUGUCAUUUUAUUAUUGAUACUGAGCACAAAGCUGCUCGCGAAGCGCUCGAAUCUGAAGCUUAAAUCUGUGACCAUUAUACACAGUGCCACCACGGAGACAGUGCGUUUGCCGGAGAAUAACAAUGGCGUUAUAGUGCACACGGCAGUACGAACUAAGGUGCCCUUCAAAAAGAAAGUAAGGGGAGAGCGCAGCAAGAAAUCAGGAACAGGAGCAGGCACCACGGCAGCAGGAAUAACACGAGCUUCUGCCAAAAUCAAUACUAGCGCCGCUGAGCCCAUCAAAAAGCCAUCCAGAAGUCAGGUGCCAAGCAAAAAGAAGAAAUCCCUAGCUGCCACAACCGUAGAGGAAGAGCCCAAGAAAUUGAAUAAAAAGAUGGGCAAACAAAUCAUCGACUAUUCGCAUGCCAACGAUGAUGCUUCCAAUUUGUCCACUAAUCAAAAUCAUACCAAUACCUUUGGUAAAGUCCAAAAGUGGUUAUUGGAAUCACCGAUUGUGGCGCAGCCUUUGUCCCAGAUAGAACACAAUUCUCGGGUACGCAAGGUGAUGAGCAAAUCCCAAUCAACUCCCGAACGACUAGUGCAACAGAAGACACCGCAGAAAACCAAAUCGAUGGGAAAUUUGUCAAAUGAGAAAGUUAAACUUCAAGUUGUAUAUAAACCGCCCUUCAAAUUUUCGCUGCGUUUGUCGAAAAAGCCCAAAGUUAAGACCCAUGUGGUAGGCGCUGGACGGCCGAAACGUGGUCAAAAGAGUAGUACCCGAAAUCCUGGACAAUCUGGCAGCACAACGAAGGACAUCAACGCUUCAGCUCGUGGUAAACGCAGCGCUCUGCUGCUUUGCAAUGAAACCGAAGAUGAUAAUCAAAUUCUAACACUUAAUGAGCCAAACUAUGAGACUCUUAAACCACCACCAGCUGCUGCACCACGGCCGGCGACAGAUCAUUGCUAUGAGAAUGUAGAACUGCCGCUUGCUGACACCAGCUCUGGAUCUAAGCCCAGUAGCAGUAGCAAGGUAGCUCCCAGUACGAGUAGAGCAAGCGUGGAUCCAGCAUCAGCUAGUGCUGCUGGUUCUGCCACUCAGCGUAGCUCCUAUCGCCGCUCCAACUCUCUUUCCAAUCACAAUCCCUUUGCGGUUGCUCCACGACGUAGUAGUAGCAAAGUUAAAGCUGAUUCUAGCAGUGGUUCCGUGAACCUUACUCGAAACUUUGGUAGCACCCAAAAUCUCAUCAAUCUAAGCCAGAAUCUGGGCAAAACCAAAAAACGUAGCAGUCUAAAUCUGAAAGCUAAUGCAGCAGCCAAGAACGGUAAAGAUCCACCACCUGGCCCAACGACAAGUACAGGGUCCACACCCCAGCGACGUUCCUCCUCUAAUGCCAACCUGCGUAGAGAUAGCAGCGCCUCCAAUGCGACAGCAAAAGCAGCCCCAGUGCCGCCGACUCGUCAUUCAGCACGCAACAGCUUUAGCAAUAUACCCAGAGCCAGUCUGGGGGCGACAUCAGCGGCUCCGCCAAACUUCUCCCGUCAAUCUUCCAGCAGCACUACAACAACAUCGACAUCCUCGUCCAGUACUUCUCCAGGAGCGUUGCCAUUACAACAGUCCGCUUCGACCAGCGCCAUGCAACGACAGUCUCAGGCGCCGGCACCUAGCCAAAACAUGAGGCGCAGUCUGAAUAACUUUAAUAGACGCUCCACUGCCGCUGUUGGCGCUCCGCCACCAGGAUCCGCUGCAGCGGGUCAAUCAACAGCCGCGGAAAAUAAUGAGUUGCCCUCGGACUUGGAGGUGGCUGUCUCCGAUGUGGAGAAUCUGGUUAGCUAAAGCCGGCAGUGAGUCUCCCCCAAUUCCUUAUAAUUUCUUUUAAUUAAUAUCUUAUUUCCAAACCAACCAAGUGAAAGUGAUAAGUCUUAAUGUUAGUUAUACAAAUUGUCGCAUAGGUUUACCAUGUACACAUGCAUAUUUACAUAUAUACAUUAUGUGGGUAUAUAUGUACUUUACA